AUGGCACAUACAGAGAAAGCCGACAAACUCUAUCUUGCAAAGGCUCGCCGUCGCCGCGGGCUCCAACAGACACGUUUCUACUGUCAACUAUGUCGUCGCCAAUGUUUAGACCAACAUGGAUUUGCCCUUCAUGCGAAAUCUCAGUCACAUAUGCGAAACCUUGAGGAUAAACUUGCUCAACAUGGCGGAGAUGCUGAGAAGUUGCUUAGAACCUUCUCUGAUGAAUUUGAGCGUGCCUUUCUAUUGAAAUUGAAAAGUGCACAUGGCGAGAAGCUUGUGGGGCUCAACUCGUGCUACCAAGAGUAUAUUACUGACAAGGACGCUGUACAUUUGAACGCUACAAGGUGGACUUCCCUUACACGAUUUGCCAUUCAUCUCAGAGAUAGCGGCAAGUGUCGACUCGAAAAUGUGGAUAAUGGUAGUGGGGAAAAAUGGCUUAUUGGAUAUAAAAGAGAGCCAACUAGAAGAGAAGGGGAGAAACAAGAUCUAGAAAAGCAAGAACUUUUAGAAUAUAUUGACGAAAUUGUCCUUGAUGAAGAUAAAGUGCAAGACAAGAUAACACAAGAUAUACCAACAGGUAAAGUAGCAACUCUGGAGCCUGCGCCACAUGACCAGCUCAAGGACGCAUCACGUGCGCAGCCCCUCUCUGCGCCACGCAAGAAGGUAGCUUUUAAACUGAAGAAAAAGUAG